CACGCCCCUCGGCUCCGCCCCCGCCCCCGCCCGCCGACGUCUCUGCGCGCGAAUUCCGUGGCGCGAAUUCGGGGCGGCGGGGCUGCGCGGAGCCGGGCCGACUGUGGUGCCGGGGAUUUCGGCGCGCGGGGCCGGCGCCAGGAACGCCUCACGGGACGAGAAGAGCAGGGGACAGGAGCGAAGCGAGCUGCUGAGACGCCAGCAUGCAGCGAAGCAUCAUGUCAUUUUUUUACCCCACAAAAGAGGGGAAGACGAAGAAGCCUGAGAAGGAGACGUCCCACAGCGGCAGAGAGGCAGAGCCACCACCCAAGGUGGCGCUGAAGGAGCGCAAUGGCGUGGUGGCUGGGAGCGACUCUCCAGUGAAGAGGCCUGGGAGGAAGGUGGCCCGCGUCCUGAGCAGCGAAGGGGAGGAGGAGGACGAAGCCCUCAGCCCGCCCAGGAGCCAGAAGUCUGGUCCAGAGCGCCCACAGGACUCCCCGCCCAGCCCUGCCGCAUCACCUGAGAACACCCCUUGCCCCUCCGACUCCUCCCCCGUGGGCCUGGCCACGGCCGGCAUCCCAAAGCGCCUCACAGCUCGGAAGCAGCUCCCGAAACGGACAAUUCAGGAUGUCCUGGGAGGACAGGAUGAGGACAAGGACCGGGAAGCCAAGAGGAAGAAGAAGGAGGAAGAAACAGAGACCCCGAGAGAAAGCCCCACCGAGGCUGAAGUGGCAGAGAAGAAGGACGCAGAGGAGGGGCCCCGGCCUAUGACGCCCCCUGAGCCCCCUGAGUCCCCCAAAGAGGCCCCGGUGGGAAGCAGCUCAGAGCCCCAGGUGGCCGUGAAGCAGGAGCCACAGGAGGACCAGGCCAAGCCCCCUGCCCGCGCCCCCCGGACACUCAGCAGUUUCUUCACUCCCCGGAAGCCGGCCAUCAAAGCAGAAGUGAAGGAAGAAGACCCAGCCAUUGUGAGGAAGGAGGAGGCCAGAGGAGCCCUGGACCCAGUGAGCUAUAACCCUGCCAAGAGCAACUACCACCCUGUGGAAGACGCCUGCUGGAAACCCGGCCAGAAGGUCCCUUAUCUGGCCGUGGCCCGGACGUUUGAGAAGAUCGAGGAGGUCUCUGCUCGGCUCCGGAUGGUGGAGACGCUGAGCAACUUUCUGCGCUCUGUGGUAGCCCUGUCGCCACCAGACCUCCUCCCCAUCCUCUACCUCAGCCUCAACCGCCUAGGGCCGCCCCAGCAGGGCCUGGAGCUCGGUGUUGGGGACGGCGUCCUCCUCAAGGCGGUGGCCCAGGCCACAGGUCGGCAGCUGGACAUUGUCCGGGCUGAAGCGGCCGAGUCGGGUGACGUGGGGCUGGUGGCGGAGUACAGCCGCGUCACCCAGAGGUUCAUGCUGCCACCGCCCCCUCUCACCGCCUCCGGGGUCUUCGCCAAGUUUCGGGACAUCGCCCGGCUCACUGGCAGCGCUUCCAUGACCAAGAAGAUGGACAUCAUCAAAGGCCUCUUUGUUGCUUGCCGACACUCAGAAGCCCGAUUCAUCGCCAGGGCCCUGAGGGGGCGGCUGCGCCUCGGGCUGGCAGAGCAGUCGGUGCUGACGGCCCUCACCCAGGCUGUGAGCCUCACACCCCCUGGCCAAGCAUUCCCCCCCGCCGUGGUGGACGCUGGGAAGGGCAAGACGGCAGAGGCCAGGAAGACGUGGCUGGAGGAGCAGGGCAUGGUGCUGAAGCAGACGUUCUGCGAGGUGCCCGACCUGGACCGGAUCAUCCCAGUGCUGCUGGAGCACGGGCUGGAGCGGCUCCCGGAACACUGCAAGCUGAGCCCAGGCACCCCCUUGAGGCCAAUGCUGGCCCACCCCACCCGGGGCGUCAGCGAGGUCCUGAAGCGCUUUGAGGAGGCAGCUUUCACCUGCGAGUACAAGUACGACGGGCAGAGGGCACAGAUCCAUGCUCUGGAAGGCGGGGAGGUGAAGAUCUUCAGCAGGAACCAGGAGGACAACACUGGGAAGUACCCUGACAUCAUCAGCCGCAUCCCCAAGAUUAAGCUCCCGUCAGUCACAUCCUUCAUCCUGGACACCGAGGCCGUGGCCUGGGAUCGGGAGAAGAAGCAGAUCCAGCCAUUCCAGGUGCUCACCACCCGCAAACGCAAGGAUGUAGACCCAUCGGAGAUCCAGGUGCAGGUGUGUCUGUACGCCUUCGACCUCAUCUACCUCAACGGACAGUCCUUGGUGCGCGAGCCCCUGUCCCGCCGCCGGCAGCUGCUCCGCGAGAACUUCGUGGAGACAGAGGGCGAGUUUCUGUUCGCCACCUCCCUGGACACCAAGGACCUCGAGCAGAUCGCCGAGUUCCUGGAGCAGUCGGUGAAAGACUCCUGCGAGGGGCUGAUGGUGAAGACCCUGGACGUGGACGCCACCUACGAGAUCGCCAAGAGAUCGCACAACUGGCUCAAGCUGAAGAAGGACUACCUGGACGGCGUGGGCGACACCCUGGACCUCGUGGUGAUUGGCGCCUACCUGGGCCGGGGGAAGCGUGCCGGCCGCUACGGGGGCUUUCUGCUGGCCUGCUACGACGAAGACACCGAGGGACUGCAGGCCAUCUGCAAGCUGGGGACCGGCUUCAGCGACGAGGAGCUGGAGGAGCAGCACCAGAGCCUCCAGGCCCUGGUGCUGCCCGCGCCCCGCCCCUAUGUGCAGGCCGGUGGUGCCGUGGCCCCUGACCACUGGCUGGACCCCACCACCGUGUGGGAGGUGAAGUGUGCGGAUCUCUCCCUCUCUCCCAUCUACCCUGCUGCCCGUGGCCUGGUGGACAAGGAGAAGGGGAUCUCCCUUCGCUUCCCUCGCUUUGUUCGCGUCCGGAAAGACAAGAUGCCGGAAGAGGCCACCACCGGUGCUGAGGUGGCCGAUCUGUACUGGAGGCAGAGUCAGAUUCAGAACCAACAGUACGAGGACUCGGACACCGACUUGGAAGAUUUCUUCUGAGCCCCGCCCGGCUGGAGGACCGCAGGGCAGCGCCCGAGCUUGAGUUCCGUGUCUGGGACUCAUUCACUGACUUCCCUCAAUAAACAGUCGUCAGACACCCA